AAGUUCUGCAAAACUAAACAAACAAAAACAUCAAAAUGUUCAAAUUCUUCUCUUUGUGCUUAUUCGCUAUUAUUGCCUUGGCUGCCGCUAAACCCGGUAUUGUGGCUCCUUUGGCUUACUCGGCUCCCGUUGUAGCUGCUGCUCCUUAUACUGCUGCUUAUACUGCUCCCUACGCUGCCGCUUACACUACUCCUUAUGCUGCUGCUUACUCUGCCUAUCCUUAUGUAGCUUCUCCUUAUGCUGCUGCUUACUCCGCUUACCCUUAUGCUGCUUCUUAUGUUUUGCGCAAGUAGAUUCGGAUUUGAAAAGGGUCAUGAAAUUUGUUCGGGGAAUUUAUUGGACUGAUAGAUGUGAAAAAAUAAAUAAAUUUACUCUUAUAGAGUAAAAGUUGUUAAAAC